AUGACGACGGCCAAGCGACUCGACCCGCGGACCGAGAGCGACGCGGUGCCCAUCACGGGCUACUGCAAGGACCGCUUCGAUCCGUCGCACCCGGACGCGGACUGGGGCGGCUACGUCCACCGUACGUUCAAGAAGCGGUCGUAUCAAGACCCCGCGUCGACCCGAGACCACUUGGUCCACGGCAAAGAUGCCAUUUUGCCUGCCCUCAUGGCCGAGAAACCGGCCGGUCGACGGACGUUUACGCAGAAUCUCAACCAAGCCAGCGUCGACCCGGUGCAUAUUCUCGUCGGCGCCGACGCCAUAGAGGGUGACUGA